AUUUACUCUGCCAUGAAGAACCUGCAGGAUAAAGUGCGAAGACUGGAACUAGAGAGAACCACAGCAGAAGAUAAUCUGAAAAACUUAUCGAAUGAAACAGCUAAAUAUAGUUUAUGUUUACAGAAAUCUCAGGAAACUGAAAAUUUAGCCAAUGAAAUAGUCAAUAAACAGACAAAAGAAAUAGAGAAACAGCUCUCAGCUGCUGAAUCUAGAUGUGGUAUGUUGGAGAAACAGUUAGAUUAUAUGAGGAAGAUGUUACAUUCAUCUCAACAGGAACAACUAGAGUCAGCUCGUAAACGUCUCGAACUUGAUAAACAUCAUCAAUAUCCCUCGUCAACAGACCCUAUUCUACAUCAUCAACUUCAAAAAAUACCAGAAUUAGAACGAGAAAAUUUAAAAUUAUCAGCCACACAGUCUAUCUCUGAGAAUAAAAUACGUGAAUUAGAACAGAAACUAAGAGAAGAAGAUAUUCAUCGUCAAAUGAUCAUGGAUCGUGCUAAUGAUGUAAGUUUUUAG